AUGUUAGCAACCCAUGAGGAAACAAUAUUGUCCAAAACUAUGGCAAAUCCCAGUUCCUAUUGCAAAACCCAGGGUAGCCCACUUCGUGAUCCCAGUUGCCGAAUUGUGAGACGGCCUGUGGUGUACGUUACAAGACGCAUACCCCAAGAAGGACUGAGUGUUCUGCUAGAAGUCUGCAACGUUAAACAGUGGGAUUCCGAGUUGGUCGCUCCCAAGGGAGAAAUCCUGGCCAACGUUGUGGGAGUGGACGGAAUCCUAUGUCUGCCAAGUGAUAGGAUCAGCGCUGAAGUGCUGGACGCUGCAGGUCCUCAGUUGCGUGUGGUGGCAACCAUAUCGUUUGACAGCAAACAUAUUGAUGUGGAAGAAUGUCACAGACGAGGAGUCCAAGUGGUCACUUGCUGUCUCCGACCUACAGAGAUCUUAGCCGAGCUGACCAUCUCCCUUGCGCUUCUGACCAUUAAAGAGUCUCAAACAGAGCUCUCUUUUCAGUUGGUCAACGGGAAAUCAAGAAAUGUCGAAUCUUUAACUUGGAAAAAGAUUGCCAAGAUGAGGUUUGGAGUCUUUGGUCAAACAAAACUGGGCAAAAGAGUUGCCAAAAUUCUCAGAAACAUCGGCAUCUCGAAUGUUCUGAUUGCAGACGUAGACACUAACAACAUGCUUCUGCAGAAGUCUGAUGUCAUCUGCGUGUGUGGAUCUCAAAGUGAAAACUCAAGUGAACUUUUUUCUAGAGCAUCUUUAGAGAAAAUGAAGAAAGAUGCAAUCGUCAUUAUUUCAACAAGCCAAGACAGAACGGUUAACUAUACAGACUUGUAUUCAGCAUUACGCGAUGGUCGAAUCAAAGCUGCUGGAUUGAAUGACUGCAAUCAGGAAUCUGUACCGUUCAAAACAUUAUUUCUGGGACUAGGAAACUGCACGUUUCUGCCACAGAGCCAAGAAAGUGUCCAUGACGUUAGAGAGAAAGUGUCCGUUGGUAUUUCCAAAAGUCUUCUUGUUGCGCUCGACGAUGUGAAAAGACGGCAGCAGACAGAGGAUUAG